UUGCUUUGAAUAUUAUGAAGAAGCUGUGGAUCGUCCUUUGACCAAUACUCCAAGUCGAUCGGCUAAGCUUACUACAUAUUAUAUACAUGUUUAGGCGCUGAUUCAAGGAUAUUCUGAUUCUGAUUCAUCUCCCCAUUAUACUCUCUUGUUUUCCAUUCUCGCGCGGUACGUAGAGAGAAAGACAGAGACAGAGAGAUGGGGACUCUGGCACCAAACUCCAUAGCAGCAGAAGCACACGAUCGUAAUCAAGAUCAAGUAGUAGAUGGUAAUCAUGCCAAGGUUGGUCAAGAUGAUGAUGAACAACAGAACCAACUGGAUGCCGGUGCCAAGUUUGUUCUUAAAUCCAAAGGAUCAUGGGUGCACUGUGGUUAUCAUUUGACUACUUCAAUAGUUGCUCCACCUCUGCUAAGUCUACCGUACGCUUUCACAUUCCUCGGAUGGACGGGCGGAAUUAUUUGUCUGGUGAUCGGAGCAUUAGUAACUUUCUACUCGUACAACCUAAUCUCUCUGGUGCUCGAGCAUUAUGCUCAAUUGGGUCAUCGCCAACUUCGCUUCAGAGACAUGGCUCGUGACAUUUUAGGACCCAAAUGGGGUCGCUAUUUCGUUGGGCCAAUUCAGUUUAUGGUAUGCUAUGGUGCUGUUGUGGCUUGUACUCUUUUGGGAGGGCAAUGCAUGAAGGCAGUUUACAUGCUGACAAACCCAAAUGGGAGCAUGAAACUGUAUGAGUUUGUGAUCAUAUUUGGAUGCUUCAUGCUGAUUUUGGCACAAAUCCCAUCUUUUCACUCACUAAGGCACAUCAACCUUGUCUCCAUGAUCCUUUGCCUAGCCUAUAGUGUUUGUGCUACUGCUGCUUGCAUCUAUAUUGGAAAUUCUUCAAAAGGGCCACCCAAGGACUAUUCUUUGAAGGGCAACACCGAGAAUCAGAUUUUUGGGAUCUUUAAUGCCAAUGCCAUCAUUGCUACGACAUACGGCAAUGGUAUCAUUCCAGAAAUUCAGGCAACACUCGCAGCACCAGUGAAGGGAAAGAUGUUCAAGGGAUUGUGUGUUUGUUACACAAUAGUCACAAUGACUUUCUUCAGCGUUGCGAUAUCUGGCUAUUGGGCAUUUGGUAACCAAUCUGAAGGCCUCAUCCUUAGCAACUUCUUGUCCGAUGGCAACCCUUUGGACCCUUUGGUGCCGAAGUGGUUCAUUUUCAUGACGAACAUUUUCACCAUAUUCCAACUUUCCGCUGUUGGUGUGGUUUAUCUGCAGCCCACAAAUGAAGUACUAGAGAGAGCAUUUGCAGACCCAACAAGGAAAGAAUUUUCAGCUCGAAAUGUGAUCCCAAGGGUGAUCUCUCGGUCACUAUCUGUCAUCACAGCAACAACCGUAGCAGCAAUGCUUCCAUUUUUUGGAGACAUCAAUGCAGUUAUUGGGGCUUUUGGUUUCAUGCCCCUCGACUUCAUCUUGCCUGUUGUCUUCUUCAACUUGACCUUUAAGCCAUCAAAACGAAGCCUUGUUUUCUGGUUGAACACCACCAUUGCUGUGGUUUUUUCAGUCAUGGGGGUUUUAGCAGCGAUUGCAGCUGUAAGACAAAUUAGCCUGGAUGCCAGUUCUUACAAGUUAUUUGCGAAUGUAUGAUCUCAUCACGGAAAUAUCACUCGCCUUUUGUGUGUGAGCAUUUAGCUCAACUAGCAUAGGUCAUUUGGUUGGGUGCAUGGGAGGAAUGCAUAAUAAGUCUGGUUUGAUUCCCAUUGUGAUCAAAGCGAUAGCUUUCCAACCUGUCCACUACAAAUACCAAUUAAACAAAAUAUUGUACCUCUGAUUUACAGAAACUCUCAUUUUAAGAUUA